GUUGGUUCCUCUGGAAGUCUACCCUGGUGGUCAAUAUUCAUAGCAUACACAUUACUGUUGCUAUGCAUCAUUUCUGGUUCAUUUUUCACACUUUUGUACUCGUUGGAAUGGGGACCUUCUCUCACUGUCAAAUGGAUGUCUUCGUUUUUUCUUGGAUCAACACAAAGUGCCAUCAUAAUCGACCCUGCAAAGGCAAUCAUACUCGCAGUCCUUCUAGUUUGUCUCUGUUCAGAGAAGAACAAGCGAAGUGAUUUUUACCUUCCACCUACCUCUGUAGUAGACAAACAACAAGAGUUCGCCGGUCAAGGACACUGUAACAGACGAGUAGCAGACUGUCCGUGUGAUGAACCAGAAACCAGAGCCCAGAAAAAGCGUCGUUACACACUACACAUGGAUCGGAAACUAAACAGAUUACUGAGGAGAUUCGUGUUUGGGGUUUUAUAUGCUUGCAUGGUUUUGCUCAUUGGUACACAGCAGAAGGUUUCCGAAGUGUAUGGGCAAAACAAGCACUUUAAAAACGUUUUGAAACCUACACAAGAGGUACACUAA